UGCCCUGCCCUGCCGCUCGCCAUCCGGCCCCGGCUCUCCCGCGAUCCCAGCCGGCGGCGCGGUCCGGUGAGCCGGCUCCGCUGCAGCCCAUGGAGCUCGAGAACAUCGUAGCGAACACAGUGCUACUCAAGGCCAGGGAAGGUGGAGGUGGAAGUCGCAAAGGCAAAAGCAAGAAAUGGCGGCAGAUGCUUCAGUUCCCCCACAUCAGCCAGUGCGAAGAGCUGCGGCUCAGCUUCGAGCGUGACUACCACAGUCUGUGUGAGCGGCAGCCCAUUGGGCGCCUGCUGUUCCGAGAGUUCUGCACCACGAGGCCUGAGCUGACACGCUGCAUUGCCUUCCUGGAUGGGGUGGCCGAGUACGAGGUGACCCCUGAUGAGAAGCGGAAGGCAUGUGGGCGGCGGCUAAUGCAGAAUUUUCUGAGCCAUACGGGUCCUGACCUCAUCCCUGAGGUCCCCCUGCAGCUGGUGACUAACUGCGCCCAGCGGCUGGAGCAGGGCCCCUGCAAAGACCUCUUCCAGGAGUUGACCCGGCUGACCCAUGAGUACCUGAGCAUGGCCCCUUUUGCUGACUACCUCGACAGCAUCUACUUCAACCGUUUCCUGCAGUGGAAGUGGCUGGAAAGGCAGCCCGUGACGAAAAACACCUUCAGGCAGUACCGUGUCCUUGGCAAAGGUGGCUUUGGGGAGGUGUGUGCCUGCCAGGUGCGGGCAACAGGCAAGAUGUAUGCCUGCAAGAAGCUGGAGAAGAAACGGAUCAAGAAGCGGAAAGGGGAGGCCAUGGCUCUUAAUGAGAAGCAGAUCCUGGAGAAAGUGAACAGUAGGUUUGUAGUGAGCUUAGCCUAUGCCUAUGAGACCAAGGAUGCACUGUGCUUAGUGCUGACGCUGAUGAAUGGAGGUGACCUCAAGUUCCACAUCUACCACAUGGGCCAGGCUGGCUUCCCUGAAGCACGUGCCGUCUUCUAUGCUGCUGAGAUCUGCUGCGGGCUGGAGGACCUGCAUCGGGAACGCAUCGUGUACAGGGACCUGAAGCCAGAGAACAUCCUUCUGGAUGACCACGGCCAUAUCCGCAUCUCUGACCUGGGACUGGCUGUGCAUGUGCCUGAGGGUCAGACCAUCAAAGGUCGUGUGGGCACUGUGGGCUACAUGGCUCCAGAGGUGGUGAAGAACGAGCGGUACACGUUCAGCCCUGACUGGUGGGCACUAGGCUGCCUCCUGUACGAGAUGAUCGCAGGCCAGUCACCCUUCCAGCAGAGGAAGAAGAAGAUCAAGCGGGAGGAGGUGGAGCGGUUGGUGAAGGAGGUGCCUGAAGAAUACUCAGAGCGCUUUUCCCCGCAGGCCUGCUCCCUCUGUUCCCAGCUCCUCUGCAAGGACCCUGUGGAGCGCCUGGGGUGUCGUGGGGCCGGCGCCCAAGAGGUGAAGGAGCACCCUCUUUUCAAAAAGCUGAACUUCAAGCGGCUGGGAGCAGGCAUGCUAGAACCACCCUUUAAGCCUGAUCCCCAGGCUAUUUAUUGCAAAGAUGUUCUGGACAUUGAACAGUUCUCCACCGUUAAGGGAGUAGAGCUAGAGCCAACCGACCAGGACUUCUACCAGAAGUUUGCCACAGGCAGCGUGCCUAUCCCCUGGCAGAACGAGAUGGUGGAGACUGAGUGCUUCCAGGAGCUGAAUGUCUUUGGGCUAGAUGGCUCAGUUCCCCCAGACCUGGACUGGAAGGGCCAGCCACCUGCACCACCUAAGAAGGGACUGCUGCAGAGAUUUUUCAGCCGCCAGAGGACUGCUGUGGGAACUGCAGCGACAGUGAGGAAGAGCUCCCCACCCGCCUCUAGUCCCCAGCCCGAGGCCCCCACCGGCGGUUGGCGGUAGCAGCUGCUCCAAGUGCUGUUUACAGUUUUGCACAGUGGUCUUCCCCAUUGUCCACUCCAGUCGUGGCCUGGGGAACACAGCCGGAGCUGUCCCCAGUGUCCUCUCAGCCCUUGGCCUGGCCGAGUUUGGCAAAGCCUGGGCCAUCCUUGGGACAAAGGUGCGUCCCUUCAGCUCCUCUGUGGGGCUCGGGGCUUUCUGUAUUUAUGUAUUUGUACGAAUGUAUAUAGCAACCAGAGCGUUCUUAAUUUCUACCCCAGACCUGGCGCUCCGGCUCAGCCUCCAAGGCAGUCAGCCCUGGCUGGGAGAGCUAAGAGAUAGCGGAGGAGCCACUGCCAAAGUCAAGGCUUCUCUGGCCGCACUCAGAAGGGGCAAGGCCAGAUACCUAAACCUGUGGCGUUGUGCUGGCCACCACCAACCUCUGAGUGAAGCUCAUGCCUGCCCUUGAUGUUCUGGGUUCAGGCUGCACUGAUUAGGGCCCAAUACUGUCCCUUUAUAGCAAUUGUCAGAGUUGAACCAGGGGGUUCUUUAUCCUGUAGGCCUGUGCCAAAGUGUGACCAGAGAUUGGACUGACCAUGAGACCCAUUAGUUCACUGCCCGAACUGAUCCACGUGGGUCUCCCCUCUGCCUUCCAGCUCCCAGGUCACCUUGUCUCUUAUGCUGGGCCCUGAAGACACCUCUUUCAAAAAUGCUCCAACCCAGGCCAUAGGAGAGGUAGGGGUGUCCCUGGCCAACUCUGGCCAACAUUCCAGAAUCCCCUCAUAAAAAUAGACACAUCUGCCCAGCAAUAAUCUUCCCCUCCCUAUGUGUGCCCAUGGAGAAUGUGUGGGUGUGGGUGUGUAUCUGUGUACGUGUGAGGGGGGUAGGGUAAGGCUGUGCGUAUGUCCUGGGCCCCAGCCCUGGUCCUUCCCAGACUGUGAUAGCCAUCCUGGUCCCAGUGUUAGGGUAGAAUGGGAUUACAGGACCCUGGUUUUUCCAUAUUUAAAGCUAAUUUUUAUUACUCAGUUUUGUCCAAUGUAAGCUGCCACAUGUCUCUGUGAAUACAGUCUGAGCACAAACCUGGCCAGCUGCCCCUGCCUGCCUCUUUCUUGCCUCUGGUGUUCCAGGGUGUUCCAGGUGUUCCUGCUUCCCUGGCCCAGCUGGAAGUGGGAAAGGAUUGGAGAUGGACCUGGCAGAGGGGGUGAGGGGCUCUCUUUCCAAGGCUUAGGACUUACUGUAAGGCAGUCUUUCUAGGCAACCAGGCCUUGGUGGCCUUUGAGUUCACCCAGUGGGUUCCUCUGUUUCCUAAAUAGUACAGGGCAUAAGGAAGACAGUCUUGAUACUGGGGUGUGGGCCUGUUUCUGACUGUGCUAGAGAGGCUAUCUGGAUGGUCUUUAAGCUAUCCAAGGCCAGGGUGAUCUGGCUGCCAAAUGUGAACUUGGGAGUGGCCUGUGAGCCAGGUGGGAGCUGCUGUUACAAACACCUGCCCCACAUCUUUCUUCACAAGCUGCCUGCUAUGUGCCUGACCCUGGGCUGGUGCGUGUGCAUCCCUCUCUUUUGUCCUUGAAGCAUUACAUAUAGAUGGGGAAAGACCUAGAGAAUGGUGAUACUGGGAAGAGGGUGUGGCAGGGUGGGAAGGGACCAGCCACCGCAUAUCAAGGCAGGUUUUCCAAAGAUAGUGGUAGCUGGCCUUGAAGGAGAGUUGCCUGGAAGACCGAUCGGGGAACCACAUACGCGAUUAUUUGGGGGUAAGAGGAGUUUGAUCACAAAUUUGUUCUAGCCUUUGCAAACUUGCCACUGUUUAAUAGGCUUCCAGUGUCCCCAGCUCUCCCCAAGAAUGCACUGUAACCACCAUAAAGAUUUGUUCUUUGCCUCUGGGUCAGGCACAUCUGCAGACGGCACAUGAGCUCUGCUGUUGCCAGUUACAGGUUCAGGUCCCAGCCUGGCAGCUCUUUAAACUGGCUUUGCUCAGGUCUUUCCCUUAUCUACGAAAAGUGUGAUACCCUUGCCUUGCAGGGAGUUAUAAAAGUUCACUGAAGGAGCUAGUGAGCCCCUGGAGCCCCUAGAUUACUGAUAGGGCUCUCAGCUGCUAGGGGAGUGGGCGCUGGGUGCUAAGCUGGGCAGCUGUCUUAACAGCAACUGGAAGGUACCCAGCACCAACUUUGUAGAAACAACCUCUUGGUGUGUGGAGUGCUUGUUCCUUCUUUCAUCAGUUUGAAGGAAAUGGCAAAGGGGUGGCGUAGUGGGAGGGUUCACGCAAGUUCUUCUGGUGGGUGAGCGGUCAGUGCAGGAUGAAAAAAGAAGCUAGCCGAAGAUGAAAAAGUCAGACCUUCCCCAUGAGGUUGGGGUCUAAAGUGCACUUGUCCCUCCGCUCCAAAUUCUGGGGUUGGGGUGGGUGUCAGAUAGGUAUUAGCUUGCAGAGGCCAAAGCCCAUCCCUGGGCAGGUAUGCCAGAUGGACAUGCAGGGCCCUGAGGCACUGAGACCCUUUUCCCCAUGUUCUUCCUUGUGUGGGAGGCAUCCAGGGAACUUCGCUAGGGUUAAGUUCACCUUAAAUCCUCGGCAGAGGAAUCUCCCAGAAUUCAUUUCCCAACAAGUGUUCACUAAGCUCACCUUCCCACCCAGCUCUAUGGUGGGAGCUGGGGACGCAGAUGGAGACCAGGCCCCUGCCAGCUUGGAGCUCAGUCUGGUAGGCAGGCAGACGUGGGAACAGUGGCACCAAGUGUGAUCAGCACUGUGGCGGAGAGGAUUGUACAGUAGUGCGGGUUGAGGGCUACACCAAGCAGUAUAGACCCCUUGGCCAUGAAAGUAUCUUAGUUGGUGCGCUCUAGGACACCAGGGCCAGAUGGAUGACGUAGAGCUUCUUGUGUUUUAGGAUGACUGAGCAUGGGGUAGGGGUGGAGUGAAAAAAGGAGUGGCUGCAGCUUGGGUCAGUGAACCAAAACUAGUUUUAGGGGCCUGUGAAGGGUGCAGGGACUCAUCUGGACAGCUGGGGAAUCCCUGAAGGGUUUUGACUGGUUGUAUCAGGAUGUCUGUCCUAGCAUCUACAAAAAUAUCCUGUUUCUUUUGUGGAACCCCUCCACUCUCCAUGCAUUUUAGAUGGUGGUGGGUUUGUACCCCUGCAUACAGUGCACUGCACAUAAGACCCAGGUAGGAAUGUUGCAAGGAAGGGCACAGCUUUCUAGUUAACAGUGUUAAAGGACAUAAGCUCAGAUAAAAAGGGCCAGAGGAUUGAGUGUGGCAGCUCAUGCCUGUAAUCCUAGCUACGAGGGAGAUGGAGGCAGAAAGACUGCAAGUUUAAGGCCAGCCUGAGCAAUUUAGGAAGACCCUCUCUCAAGAAAUAAAUAAAAGGGCUGAGGCUGAAGUUAUGCAGAAGCGCUUGGUUUGUGCCCCAGUUCUGUUGGGUGUAGCUGGGGGUCUCAUGGUGUUAGUUGCCAGUUUCAUCUCUUCAGAGCAUGACCACCAAAAGCAAAAUACCAUUCCUGUCUUGGUAGCAUUGACCUGACUCCCAGGAACUCUGCCGGCUAGGGUGGAAACCUGUCUGGCAUAUACUGGGAAAGCAGAGUAACUGAUUUCAGAGGCUCAACAUGAUAGCACCCAUCCGGGCAGUGAUUCUUCCAGUUAAAUCUGAGUAAUGUAGCUUAAAAAAAAAAAAAAAAAA